AAAACACAAGCAGCAGCAGCAUCGAAUCUUUCUACACAAGAAGAAUCAGCAGCCCACGCAACAUGCUAUCUUAGAGAAGCAGGAUCAAAAGUGUAUUGCCGCAACAAGAAUGAUUGAGGAAGAACUCCUCAAGUCUUCCCGAUCAUUUGAUGAGUACUCCGAUUUAACAACUUUUGACGCUCGUGUACAAACUAUGUUGCAACAGCUUGGAACAAUCCUUUCUCAGCGGCGUGCUGCUGCCAUGAAUAAUAUUGGAGGGGCUCAAUGUAUUACACCUACCCGCGCGGUCCAUACUUCCACGAGCGUUAGUAACAACUCUUUCCAAUCCGGAAGAAGCCUUGUGCCAAUUACUUGCACCACUGCAGCAGCUGGAGGAUUUUCUAUUGGGCCUGACAUGCACACACACCAUUCUACUGGUGCUAAUCACCAGAUGGUUGAAGUUAAUAGGCCAAAUAUGAACCAAAUUACUUGUGGGAUCUCUAGUCCUCUGAUUACUGGAUUUAACGGCAACUGUGUACCAGCAGUUUCUGCUAAUAUACCCAUGACUUCUCAAGACCUCUUCAAUGCUACACAUUUUUCAACUUUACCUCAACCUUUUCUGCAACCACCACCUGAUCAGUCACACAUGCAUAGAUACUCAAUGAGCAACGUUGCUUCUUUUGCUACCGUCACAAGUUAUCACUCAAACCUGCAACCAAUGCAACAAACCCCAUUGCCAAAACGUCAACUACAUCAUCCGCUUUGGAAUACUAAUUUCCAAUCUGCUCCCAAUAACAGAGAAAACUUGCCUCAGGUCAGUCAACAACUCUUAAAUCAUGGGCCUCACCAGCACCGAGGACAACACUCCCAAAAUCUUUAUCCUGGCCAACUCCAGAACCAAGAUCCUUUACUUCCCAAUCUGACUCAGCAAGCUAUGGCUUUAGCAAGCUUGGAAUCCUACGAAGAAGCUCUUCAGAAACAUGCUACUAAAAAUGGAUUCAAACCAUCCAAGUUGCAGUGCCAACAGACUGCUGUUCAAGACCAUUACAUUGGUGCUCAAAGUGUAUCUGUCCACAGUAGUCAGAUGAAUUCUUCUCCAUCUUUGCAACCACAUCCUCAUCAAAAGCAGUCGGAAUCAAUCCCGGUUCAAAGGCAGACAUCUCUACAGAACUCAACUGAAAUAUUACAAAACAAUAAUGGACAGAGAGAACAUACUCAUAUGCAGCCUGAACCUGUUCAUCGUGUCUCAUCUCCAAUAGCGCCUAUAAACAGCCAAACUGUUUCUCCUAGAAAUACUGUUGAGAGGAAACGUCCUCGGGAUGGAAACGAUACAUCAAGUAAACAGGUUAAUGAAGAUUGUGGUCAAACGUCUUCGAACACCGUUCUGCGGUGGAUUCCGUUUAUGUUCCAUGCACGUCAUUGCAAGGCUAAGAAAGAUAAGUGUGCGAGCAAGUUUUGCUUUCAAGCCAGAAAGAUAGUGAAACAUAUAGACUGCUGCAAGGUCCCUAACUGCAAAUAUAGAUAUUGUCUUGGUACUCGGAUGUGGUUAGAUCAUUUCAAGCAGUGCAAAAGCAUAUCGUGCCGUACCUGUGUAGCUGUCAGAGAAUACAUGGAAAAGAAUAAAUACACAAUUGUACCUCUCCGUAGAGCUAAGUGUAGCUCAGCUAGUUCGAAAUGUCAACCCAAGAAAUCCUCAAAAUCCAGGAAAGCAUAUAAAAAAGGAGGUGCUGAAGCUCCAUCUGUUGAUGCUGAUCUGCAACGCUCAAUCAAGCGCCCAAAAUUACAGCGACCCUCCCAAAAUAUCACUCCCGAGACGAAGAGCAUUUCGGUGACAGGAUGUGGUGUUGUUUGUAAACCUCAUUCCUCCAUGAAUAUGCAAGAGAAAGAUGGUUUGCCAAAUGUCCAAAUUGAGGCUAUGCCUAUGGACAUAGAUGUUCCUGAUGCUUCUGAGAUUCCCGUUACCAGGGAGCUGGUGAAACAUGUUGCUGAAGAUACUCCCAAGGGUAAUAAUUGUGGUGGUUUUGCUAUGGAUGAAAAAACUAGCUGCUUAUUGGCACAAGGGAAAUACAAAUGUAUGAAUGAAAUGAGUGCACCAAAGGAACAGAAUGUGAAACAGUCCGUGGACGUUGUAGAUGCAUCUAAGAUGGAAAUCUCCUCACUUGUUGAAUUGUUUACUCCAGAGCAAGUAAAGGAGCAUAUCUGCAGUCUUCGUCAGUGGGUAGGCCAGAGUAAAACAAAGGCAGACAAAUAUAAAGCAAUGGGGUUCUCCUUGUCUGCGAAUUCUUGCCAGUUAUGUGCUGUUGAGAGACUUGUAUUUGAGCCAAUACCUAUUUAUUGCUCACCUUGUGGUGUACGCAUCAAGAAAAAUGCCUUUUACUAUAGUAUUGCGGCUGGUGAGUCAAGGCAUUAUGUAUGUGCACCUUGCUACAACGAAGCGCGUGAAAACAUUGUUUCUGUUGAUGGAACUUCUAUACCAAAAACAAGGCUUGAGAAAAAGAAAAAUGAUGAAAAAAUUGAAGAAGGGUGGGUGCAAUGUGAUAAGUGUGAAGCAUGGCAGCAUCAAGUUUGUGCUUUGUUCAACAACCGAAGAAAUCAUGGCGAAGCCACCAAGUACACUUGCCCUAAUUGCUAUAUACAAGAGGUGGAAAAAGGAGAAAGAAGACCAUCACCACCAAGUCUCACUCCGGGGGCCAAAAAUUUACCAGUUACUGCUCUUAGCAACCAUAUAGAGGAGCGGUUAUUCAAAAAGUUGAGGGAGGAAAGACAAGAGAGGGCUAGACUUCAAGGAAAAACUUAUGAGGAGGUCCCUGGAGCUGAAUCACUUACUGUCAGAGUUGUGGCAUCGGUUGAUAAAGUAUUAGAAGUAAAGCAACGUUUCCUUGAGCUUUUCCGAGAAGAAAAUUAUCCAUCUGAAUUCCCUUAUAAGUCCAAGGCAAUUUUACUGUUUCAGAAGAUUGAAAAUGUGGAAGUAUGCUUAUUUGGUAUGUUCGUUCAGGAAUUUGGGACAGACUCUGGACCUCCCAAUGAGCGGCGGGUAUACCUUUCUUAUUUGGACUCUGUUAAGUAUUUCAGACCCGAGGUUCAAACAGUGUCUGGAGAAGCCCUUCGCACGUUUGUGUACCAUGAAAUUCUGGUAUUUGGCAAUGUUAAGGAAAGCUUCAAAGAAGAUGUGGUCGUUGAAUGCACAAACCUCUACAACCAUUUCUUUGUCCAGUCUGGUGAAUGUAGAGCUAAUGUAACUGCUGCAAGGUUGCCAUAUUUUGAUGGAGACUACUGGCCAGGUGCUGCUGAGGAUUUUAUACGCCAAAUGAACCAAGAAGAUGAUGAGACAAAGUUCAAUAGAAAAGGAUUGACCAAAAGGGUCUUAUCGAAAAGAGCCCUAAAAGCCGUUGGUCAGUUGGACCUUUCUGUUAAUGCCUCCAAGGAUCAACUUCUGAUGCAAAAACUCGGUGAGACCAUUUGUCCGUUGAAAGAAGAUUUUAUAAUGGUUCAUUUGCAACAUUGCUGCAAGCAUUGUAGCACUCUCAUGGUAUCUGGAAACCGGUGGGUGUGCAAUCACUGCAAGAAUUUUCAAAUCUGUGACAAGUGUAAUGGAGUGGAACAGAACCGCAUAGAUAUAGAGAAACAUCCGAUAAAUCAGAAAGAGAAACACACGUUAUUUCCUGUGGCCAUCAAAGACGUUCCCUUCAAGAUUGAGGACAAAGAUGACAACCUCGAGAGCGAAUUCUUUGAUAACAGACAAGCUUUCUUGAAUCUUUGCCAAGGAAAUAACUAUCAGUACGAUACUCUAAGGCGGGCCAAACAUUCUUCCAUGAUGAUUCUCUAUCAUCUUCAUAACCCAACUGCCCCUGCAUUUGCUACGUUUUGCACCAUCUGCCAACAAGAAAUUGAAAACUCUCAAGGCUGGCACUGUGAAGUUUGCCCGGGCUAUGAUGUCUGCAGUGCUUGUUACUCGAAGGCGUCUAUCGACCAUUCACAUAACCUGAUAAGCCGUUCAUCUUCUACCGAUAGUAGUGUUGUACAACAGAACAGGCAAGCUAGUCAAAAUUAUCAAGUCCAGCUAGAGAAGUUAAAAGAAGUGCUGGUACAUGUAGCUGCAUGCCGGUCUACACUGUGCCAAUAUCAAGGUUGUCGUAAGUUUAAGACCUUCUUCAGACAUUGUAUAGCAUGUAAGAUUGGUCCUGGAAGUUGCCCCCAUUGCAAGAGAUUUUGGAAUCUCCUCAGACUCCAUGCCCGCAAUUGUAGAGAUUCCCAAUGCACUGUCCCCAAAUGCAGAGAUUUCAGAGCGAUUAGUUGUAGGCAGCAGCAGCAGUCGGACAAAAGGCGUAGAGCUGCUGUAAUGGAGAUGAUGCGGGAAAGGGCCGCUGAAGCCACCCGCACUGGCUGACUCAUCUGGUCAAUUACAUGCUUGCUGCAUUCUCAACAACAUCUAUGGAGGGUUGGGAUUCAGUUGGUUUCUGACAGGGGAUUAAACAAGAAGAGAUUCAUUUGUAGACUAUUGCAUAGAAGUAAAGGAAGACUAGAAGC